ACGUAAAAGUGUGGUUAGGUAGACAGAUCUAGAUGAUGAAUUGUUGUUUCUUUGUUAUGUUAUUAUUUUGGUGUGAAUGUGCGGCUGUGCGCUCAUCCACUAAGCUUGGUUCAUAUUUCAACACGUGCCCCUGUUGAAAGCAUAAAAGGAAUUUAUUUUGCAAUGGAAUAUUGUGGUGUCAUUUAUUGAUAUUGAAUUGAUUUGAUUGUAUAUUAUUCAUAUACAACCUUCAAAAUGGGAUUCAUUUUGGAUAUAUUGCGUAGUUUGAGAGGCGACGUAAAAUUUUCAGUGAAAAAUGAAGAAAUCAAUUUCUUCGAUGAUAUUUUCAUGGUGCUUAGCUGGGAUUAUCCAAUUUACACAUUGACGGCUUUUGUGAUAGUGAAUUAUUUAUUUUGGAUAAUCACAUAUUAUGAGCUCCAAACGAUGUGUAUAAUCUUCACCCUACUUUUAUUCAGUUUCAUGUAUCAAUCUUUGAUCCGUUUUAAAAAAAAGACAGAAUUUUCAUCUCCAAAAUAUGAAGAACUCUACAACACUUUUUGCUCUUUCAUAUCCCAUGCUUCCCUUUUUAGAAAAGAAAAUCCACAAGAGUUUUGUGUGGUGGUGUCGUUUUUCUUUAUCUCAUUGAUGUAUGUGGCAAGUAUUUUUUCUGGAGUAUUUAUGAGCUUUUUUUGUUUGUGGAGUCUCUUCUUUGUACCUUUGAUUUAUGCUCAUAUGCCUCCCCGAUUCCAAGUGAAACUGCAAGAGGUAUCAGCUUUUCUUAGGAGGUUCCAAGGAACUAUUGAGGAAGAAGAUUUAAUUCCUCUACCUGUAGAAGAUGAGAAUAAAGGAGAAGAUAAUGAAGAUUUAGAAAGUUUGGAUACAGACAGAACUGCAGAUUCGGUAACAAAUUCCUUAAUCAGUGGGAUAAGUUCAAUGCCAUCUUUUUUGGAUGCAGAAGAGAAUCAUGAAAUACUAGAAGAAGACUUAAUUCCGAUCAACCCAUCUCACGAACUCUCCCCUAGUUUCGCAGAACUCUCAAGUGACUCUGAAUCUGAAUUGCAUGACAUUCGCUUUAAGGAAACUCUUAGCCGGGAGAGUUCAUCUGAAGAGGAGGGAAACUUUGAAGAGGGUUUACAAUUUGAAGAUACACAAAAUCAGACCCAAACAGACUCUAAAGGUUUGGUACAUAACAUCCUAGGUUAUGUGGCAUCAACUGGAGGCUUCCAAAUACCUAAUUUUUUAAGUAACGCUACAACUAGGGUGCAAAGUACAGAAACGGGAGAUAUUUCUAUAGGUAGUAGCACUAGUGAGGAAGAUUUCGAAAUAAUUGAUGUAAAUGAACUGAAGUAAUUAUAAUCUUUUUUCUGAACUAUUUGUGAUAAUGAUUUUAGUCUUUUAUGUGUUUUUACUUUGUGAUAGUUUUGUGUGGAUUUAUUUUAAUCACUGGUAUGUUCGAAUUUAUUUAUAUGUAACAUAUAUUGAUUUUUUUGAAAUAUACUAAGUCAAAACUUGA